GCUUGUCUGAGGAGCAGGCGGCAUGGGGACCUCUGUUCUACCUUUAACUUUGAAAAUGGCUGUUACCGCUUUCUGUUUGGAAGGUGUCAGGUUCUCAGGAUGCGGUUUCUUGAUAAACAGCUGUGUGAAGAGUGAUGAGCGUGUCUUGGAGGAGCUGGAAACAGAAGGGGAGAGACAGCUGAAAAGCCUCCUUCAGCAUCAACUUGAUACCUCUGUCUCCAUUGAGGAAUGUGUCUCUAAGAAAGAGAGUUUUGCUCCUGGUACUAUGUACAGGCCCUUUGGGAAGGAAGCAGCUGGGACUAUGACUUUGUCCCAGUUCCAGACACUGCAUGAGAAGGACCAGGAAACUGCUUCUCUCAGGGAAUUAGGGCUCAAUGAAACAGAAAUCUUGAUCUGGAAGAGCCAUGUGUCAGGUGAAAAGAGGACAAGACUGAGGGCAACUCCUGAAGCAAUACAGAAACGUCUCCAAGAUAUUGAAGAAAGGAUCUCAGAGCGUCAGCGCAUCCUUUGCCUGCCACAGAGAUUUGCAAAGAGCAAACAGUUGACCCGACGGGAAAUGGAAAUAGAAAAGUCUUUAUUUCAGGGAGCUGAUCGUCACUCCUUCCUUAAGGCUCUUUAUUACCAAGCAUACCACAAAAAGACAAGUGCAGACAAGUACAUGACCUCAAUGAAGAGGAAGAUAAAAUUAGGCACAAAAGAUGAACCCCAUAAGAAGAACAAAGGUGAUCCCAUGAACAACCUGGAAAAUUUUUACCAAGAGAUGAUAAUGAAAAAACGUCUUGAAGAGUUCCAACUUAUGAGAGGUGAACCCUUUGCUUCCCACUCACUGAUCUCAGCUUCAUCAGUGGGAGAUAGUGGCACAGCUGAGAACCCAUCAUUACUCGAGGACGAGGGAAAACAGGCAGCACAGGGUAAAGGUCCAGGUCUCCAUGUGGCAAAAGUUAUUGAUUUUUCGCCUAAGAAGCUGACGCAGCCAAUAGAAUUUGUCCCAGAAGAUGAGAUCCAGAGAAAUCGUUUGUCAGAGGAAGAAAUCCGAAAAAUUCCUAUGUUUUCUUCAUAUAAUCCAGGGGAGCCAAACAAGGUGUUAUACCUGAAGAAUCUUAGCCCUCGGGUGACUGAAAGAGAUCUUAUCUCAUUGUUCGCUCGGUUCCAGGAGAGAAAAGGACCUCCAAUUCAAUUCCGAAUGAUGACUGGGCGAAUGAGGGGGCAGGCUUUUAUCACCUUUCCCAAUAAGGAGAUAGCAUAUCAAGCAUUGCAUCUAGUAAAUGGAUAUAAACUACAUGGGAAAAUAUUGGUGAUAGAAUUUGGGAAGAACAAAAAGCAACAGUCAGAUCUCCAGCCUACAUCUCUCAUGUCAUCUGCUACAGACAGCACUACAAAAACCAGUGGUAGCUAGAAUAGAUUAUGUUUCCUGGAUGGUCUUCCUUAUAUCACAGUCUUGGAUCUGGGAUUUCUGUAUAGAAAUUUGUUUAAUGUUGAAGAAGAGAAAUUAAUGGAGAAAAAAAUACUAUUUGGGAUGCUCCCUUUCAUCUUGUGGGGACAACUGGGACAAAACAUUUUAUAUAAUGAAAGCCUAUAUAGAAUGUAUGGUAUGCUGAAUGUGAAGGGUGGUGUACAAAAAGUAUUAUUUUCUCAGGAUAAAUUACAAAGGAUUAUUCCUGAGGGUUUUUUAAAAUCUUUAUAAUUUGGGGAGGGUCUUCAAUAUUUGUCCCUACAAUUACCAUUUUUCAAGACUAUUUCCUAUAUACCGAAUUUAAAAUGCUAUUGAAUACUGAAGUAUUUAUUUCCUAGAGCCCAUUUUUCCUAAUUUUAUUCACCUAGUAAAUAAAAGAGCACACAUUUAGGCCUAAGCAUCAAUAAAUAUGUUAAGUUACUAGCAGCAGUAACAGUGGGUUGUUUCAUAAGUCAGUCAUCAUAUUUAAUGAAUGCUUCCCCACUAAGUUAUCAGUUUUCAAAAAGCUAUUUUUCUAAGGAAAUCUUUUAGAUCAAAAUAUGUGUGUUCUCACGGCCAUUUAAACUAGCUACCAUUGAGUAAUCAUCGAAUUUAAAGCAAUAAACUUUGAAAAAUGUGUUUAAUAUAUGUUAAAUAUUAGCUGUAUGAAUUUUAGAAGGGAAACAUACUAACAAAGAACACUAAAGGGACAUGGAAAGAAAGAAUUUUCUAAGAGAAGUGGUGAUUCUCAAAUCCCCCAGUAGUUUGUUUAUGGUUGCUGGAGAAGAGAAAGACAAUAUGCUGUCAAGGAAAUGCUACUAACUUUAUAGUCAGAUCUGUGUUUAAACUCACAGCCACACUCACUGCUUUGAACUUGGAAAGUCACUCAAAUCUGAACCUCUGUUAUCUUGUAAAAGUGAGGAUAAUAACUACUUAUCUAAUUGGAUUGUGAGGAAUAAAUGAUGCUAUAUUUUUAAAGCUGAGGAAUAGAAAUAAAGAAUGAAUAAGAUUGAACAUAGUAUAGAACCUGUGAGACACCAGUAGUGGGAGUACCAGGAAAAAAAGAAGAGAAAGGAGCAAAAAAACUUCCAAGAAAUAAUGGCUAUAAAUGCUCCAAAUCUGAUGAGAAGCAUUAAUCUACACAUUCUAAAAGCUCAGCAAACCCCAAGUAGAAUAAAUGAAAAGAAAUCCACAGACACAUCAUAUUAAAAAUGCUGAAAUCCAAAAACAAAGGGAAAAUCUUGAGAGCCACACACAAAAAAUGAACCAUUACUUAUCAAGGAACUCCAACAAUAUUAACAGCUAAUUUCUCAUCAGAAACAGUGGCAGAGGCAGUGGUAUAACAUAUUCAAAGUGCUCAAAGAAACAACUGUCAACCAAGAACAGUAUAUACAGAAAGAACAGUAUAUACAGGAAGACCAUUCUUCAAAAAUGAAGGUGAAAUAAAACAUUGCAGCAUUAUCAAAAACUCAUAAAAUUUGUUGCUAACAGCAGCUAAUAAAGGAAAUUCUUCAGGUUGAAAACAGGUGACCUCAGAGUAAUUUGAAUAUACACACACAGAAAGAGUACAGGCAAAACUAAUAACCUAAAUGUAUUUUCCUUUAUCAAUUCAUUAAAAAAAAACAAAUAUAUAAAGCAGUAUGUAUAUGCCUGCAUUGUUUAGUCUACAAAAUAUAAAACUGUGAUAUACUUGCCAGUAACAGGACAAAGGAGGUGGGUGGAAAUAAUGCUGUAUUAUAUUAAAGAAAUGACUAGAUGAUAAGUCAAAUCCACAGAAAUAAAUGAAGAUAGCAGGAAAUGGGAAAUAAGAACUAUAAAUAUAUCCUUGCUCUUCUUUCUUCUCCCAGCCUCUUUAAAAAGACAUAAAAUUAUAUUAAUUAUAAUAAUGUACAAAAGGAUUUCAAAAAGUUUGUGGAAAAUAGAAUUAAAAUAUAAAUUUGGUACAAAAAUCUGAAAUCCAUGUACAAUUUUUUCAUAAUAUUCAUUUUCUAUGCACUUUUUGAGGAUCCUUCAUAUUGUUAAGCUUAUGUGUAGAAAUAAUAUAUAUAACAAUAAUACCAGACACUGAAAUAAAAGAAUGAAAUUAUGUAGGAAUAAGACUUCUAUAUAUCAUUGGAAUUAAGUUAGUAUCUAUGUGAAGCCAAUUCAUUUUAUUUAAGAUAUAUAUUGUAAGGCUUAGAACAGCCACUAAAGAAAUAACUUUUAAAAAACAAAAGUAUUAUGAAAGAAAUUUAAAUGUCACAUUAGAAAAUACUCAAUGCAAAAUAAAGCAAAAGGAAGACCAGAGAAACGAAACUUGGGACAUAUAGAAAAUGAAUAAUAAUCUAUCAGCCAUAAAUCCUCCCACAGCAAUAAGAACAGUGUGAAUGGAGUAAGCAAUUCAAUCAAAAGGCAGAGAUUGUCAGAGUAGAAAAAAAACAAGACACUAUGUUAUUUAUCAUAGACACAGUUUAGGUUUGAAAAAUAUGAAGAAAUUGAAGGUAAAAGAA